CGUGUGGCCUAGACAACAAGGGAGGAUUUGUUGUUUCGUCGCUUUCGACUGCUUGUGAUACGGAUUCAUUUUGAUCCUGGACUGUAUUUGCCGUUUAUUCCUGCAUUAGCAUUCCUGGAAGCAAGUGUUUGCGUAGAAAGAAUAAACUUCUUAGUGCGAAGCCGUGAAGUGAAGUAUUCUCAUAUCUGCUAAUAACAAGAACUUGUCAGUCACAGCCAAUCAACAUAAUGGCCGAGAUGAAGGCGGACAUCGACAGUGAUGCCGAGCAAAACUAUUCUCUUGGCAGCAACGUCGAUCCCAAAAACAUGCAAGAGCUGACCAUCUACGUCCAGAAUCUCCUUCAGAAUGUGCAGGAUAAGUUCCAGACCAUGUCGGAUCAGAUUAUUUCCCGUAUUGACGACAUGGGCACCAGGAUAGAUGACCUCGAGAAGAGCAUCGCUGACCUGAUGCAGCAGGCCGGCGUCGAAGGAGCUGAGAAGUAAGGGGCAAUUUGUUUCCAUAGUGGGAGGACGGGAGCUGUACUAAGUAGGAAGUACACUAGGAAGUAAUCUGGAAUGAGUUAGGUUUAUGUUUAUUUUAUUAUGCAAGCAUGAGUUGAUAUCAGACAAUCUGCAUAGAAUUGUCAUAUUCGUGAGGAAACCAAGUUUCCGAGUAAAAUCAUCCAUAUUUUUUUUAUUACACCUAAUAUUACCCCCGUAACACAACAUGGGAGGGGAAAUCAAACAAUCGGUAAGAAGUAAGCCAAAAACCAAGGAUACAAAUUAAAAUAUAGAGCACGCAGUAAUAUCCGG